AUGGCAGUCAGCGAACGAAUCUCACAGCUCAUGGGCGCCCUUGACAGCGGCUCUGGGCCCAACACAUCUGGUGCGACCUCACCAGGCGGCGACUGGCGGCAGUCGAACGGCAGCCUCCAUGGCGAAGACGAGAGGAGUCGCCCGCGGACAUUUCCCUACGACAAGUACCUGCCCUAUCAAUCCGAGGACCAGGCAGAGCGCGAGGAGAGCCUCAACACAUGUCUCAAGCACCUCUACAUCGCCGUCUCCGCCGGUGACUUUGCGCCGGGCGCCGUACAUUGGACGCGCGAGAUUCGAGGAUGGCUGUCGCUCAAGUUUGACCUGCCCCGCAGCACGCGCGUGAAGCUGGUCAAUCUCUACUACGAGCUGGCGCUGGCUCCAGGCCUAGAUUAUUUGGUGGCGGAGCGCUUUGCGAGCAUGUUCAUGGUCUUGACAAAGCGCAAACACUAUCUGAGGCCCGCCAAGGACCUCGUUCUCGAUUGGCGGCCGCUCUACCGUGAGCUGAAGCUCUUCGUCUUGCCCUCCGAGUCGGGAGGCUCGCAUCCGCCCAAUGUCAAGCGUAACAUCCGAACCUUGACCAAAAUGUGCACCUUUGCGCAACUCUACUUCGAUCCCAAGGAGAUACCUGCCAUAUUUCAAGAACUUCUGCCAUUUUUCAGCACGUCCUUUACGGAAAACGCCUUCGUCGUAGUCGGCUUACUCAAUCUCCUGCUUCCCACACAUCCAGCGCCAGAGGACAUGGCCCAACUAUUACCACAAGAGUACCUGCCCACAUUUUUCCACCUCUGGUCGUUGGUCAACCGCUCGAGACUGUUUGAUGCACACUAUCUCGACACCCUCUCAAGGUUGGCUAGGGACAGCCUGACAGCAGCACACGUUCCAUUCUCACAAUACGGCGUCUUCACUGCAGAACAGUCUUCUCAGAUCUUCACGGCGAUCUUGAGGCUGCUCGAGAUUCCCGUGGGCCAGGCAACAUCAGCAUACAGUCCGGUAGUGGAUCUAGGAGCAGGUUUGGCCGUGAUGCUGGAUCGUGAUCCUCGGAAGCACCCAUCUACGCAUCACAUUGCCCGCAUCAUCUCCAUGUCGCUGUCCCCAGCGUGUGUAGAGAGCCCAGAUUCUGUGCUGACGAAGCUUGAAGGCCUCGUUCAGGCAGUAGAGACCUUCUUCCAUCCUUCCAAUUCUGGCAGCUGGACGAGGCCAUUGUCCCAGUUUGUGUACUACUUGGCCGACUUCUUCGUUUUGCGUUGGAACCGGGAGCACAGUGGCGAGAUGGACGUGCCUCAAGACAGAAGGCUGAAUGACGCAGUCAAGCGGCGUUUCGUGCUCUGUUUGCGCGAUGUGACCUUCAUGGGCAUCUUCUCAAAGAGUGACAAAGCUGUGCAAUACGCCUUGUCUACCCUGCAGAGCUUGGCUUAUCUGGAGCCCAACCUCAUUCUACCUGGCGCAUUACACCGAAUCUAUCCAGCGAUGCAGGGGCUUGUUGAGGUGCAUCGGACCAUCUCGUCCAUCCGAGCGUUGCACAUGCUUUCCAAGGUCAUGGCCAAGACAAAAGGCUUUCGCUGCCACGUCACCUCGGUGCUCGGGCUUGCACUUCCUGGCAUAGACGCCAAUGACCUGGAAAAGACCUUGCACACGCUACAAUACGUACAGGGUGUGUGCUACCUCGUUCCCUUCCAUGAUUUGACAAAGGCGAAGAAGGCUUCGGGCGCAGACGCUUCCCGAGAUGGCGCAACUUCGCCCAUGUCGGACGUUGGUGGUGACACUGGACUGGCUGUACAAUGGAUCACAGAACAAGUGGAGCGCCUCGAGAGUAGUGGUGGAAAUGUCGAAAUCGACUACGACAAGGAGCUCAGCGAUGAGGACGAGGCGAUGAUCUUGAAGUCCUCGACCACUGGGCUGAAUGAAUUUCUCAUCUCCUUCCUCGGUCGUGUCUUCACACUCUUGGAAAAUCUGCCGGAUGCGUCUAGGGUUCGCACUGGAUCGCCAGAAGAAUAUGUGGUCAAUCACCUGCCCGCUGCCUUCACACCAUUACUCGCGGCCCUCUCGCCUGAGCUCUAUGAUGUCGCAUUGGAUAAGAUUGCCAACUUUAUUACGAAUCAUGUCAUCCACCAGGCUCGGGAUGCUAUUGCCUUCAUCUGCAAUAGUCUGGUGAAGAUUAAUCCUGAGAAGGCUUUGAAGCGUCUCUUGCCACAUCUCUUUGCCGGUAUUCGUACCGAGAUUGAAGAUAUUGGUGCUGGCUCAACACGAACGACUGGUACGGAGGUUCUUCCUCGCGAUCGUGCACUCGUGUGGAAUCUUAGUAUUCUUAGUAUGUGUGUCGUUCAUGUUGGCGACGCCGUUCUUGAAUGGAAAGACGAGUUGUUCGAGAUUGCAGAGUAUAUGCAGCAAAAGUGCCGUGGUACGCCUACUGUUCACGUCUCCAACUUCAUCCAUCAUUUGUUGCUCAACUUGACAUGCACCUACACUGUCGAUUACUCCAUCUACGAAGACGAUGAGCUUGAGCAGGGCUUGUCAACAGAGUCGUGGGGUCGGCAGAUGGAUGUGAAGGAGAUGAAGAUCAAGUGGCAUUCUCCCAACGCAGAAGAGAUUGACUUUGCGGUCAAGCUCUUUGAGACGCACUCUAAUAGUGCCAUGAAAGCUCUUACUGCACUGACUCAGUCUGAUCCACCAAUCAAGCGUGAGGGCACUGGCAAAGACUGGUCGGAUGAGGUUUCGAGGAACUUGGUUUUGCUCCGGCUCAUUAUUUCUGGCAUCUCCGUCCUCUUUGACGUAAAGCACGACCAAAGCGAGGGAAGUGAUGCUGAGACGAAGAAUGAUCCUGAUUCCAUGGACACAGAAGCUGUCGACGACGGUGAUGCUGGCCUGGAAGAGGCUGAAGAUGAGGAAGUCAAACCCACUUUUCAGUACGAGUCUGGAUACCCACUCCGCCGCACUGACAAGAACUACACUCUCAUCCACGAUCUGCGCCAUCAAAUUGGUGAGGUACUGCACAAUGUGCAUCGCUUCCUGAUUGAGAAGCAACCAGAUGAUGUGCCCUGUUUCAAUUCGCUUUACAACGCCUACCGCUCGUGGUUUAUCGACGUUGGCAUCGAACGCUCUGCUCACGUCCUGGACAGGAUCUCUAGGUUACUGGAAAAUGAUGAGCAAGCGUUCAAGUUUAGCGGACUGAGAAAGCAAUAUCCACGACCUUUGUUGGUACGACGUGCAAACGUAUAUCAUCUUCAGCGACUUCGUCACAAUGCCACGCCUCGCCCGAAGACAGAUCUUGAUAAGCGGCUACUGCUGGAUCUUGCCGAGUCAAGCAUAUCUCUCUACACAGAGAUCCGACGCACAGCACAGACCGCAAAUGAAUCUGCCGUCAAGUGCAUACUGGGUGCUAGGCCGCUCGUCAUUCCACCGCUAUUAGACGCCUUCGUCAAAGCGGUAGCGGAGAGCGAUUAUCCGCGCAUUAAGGGUGCCAUGUUUGCUCUCUUGUUUGGUAGUCUUGCAAAGACCAUAAGCCGAGAUUGGCGAUUUACUCCCAAAUUAAUAAAGGCCUUCAUUGACGUGACUGGAGCCGACAAGCCUUCGGUACAGAAACUCGCCACAAACGCAACAUUCCAAAUCAUGGACAUGGGCAAGGCGACGGAACGCAUGGUCAUCAUGUCGCCGGAUUCUGUCAAGGCGAUCACAUACGCUAUUGAUCCCAGCGAGAACAAUAGCAUCGAGUUGAAGAUUGCGAAGCGACGUGACUUUAUCAAGAAGAAGCGGGCUCGCAUCGAAAGCAAGAAGGCAGAGUUGUCAAAAGAACUUGUUGCUAUUGCCAACACGGAACACUGGAAAAAAGUUAGUCGGACGGCAGCAAUCAUGAUCAAUCUGGGCAUGCGUUAUGACUCGAUUGCUUCCGAUGAGAUGAUCGACCUGGUCACCAAGGGCACGAUCGACCAGCACCCUAGCUUACGUGGGUUGUAUGCUGGGGCUUUGAUUGGCUUGUUCUCCGUCAUCCAAACGCGUGCAAUUACUGGUCACGACUACGAGAAGUACCUGCUGGGCAAGGAAGAACUACCUGAUAAGGUCACAAUACCUACCAGACCCGAUGACCCCAACUGGACUGAAGAGUACCUCGCUUCGUUUGCACAGCCAGAAGCCAAAUACUACAUCGACUUUGACUACCCUGGAUGGUUGGUCUGGAACAAGACCAUGACUGGGUUCAAGCCGAAUGCACCUCAAUUGUCCUAUGAUAAUGUCGAAGAUGAAGUCCGCAAGAAGAUUGCAAAACAUUUGACACGAUCGUGGUUCUCAAACUACUUCGCCUUCAUGAAGCAGGAGCCGCGAGACAAUAGUGCAGACCGCUUCCGCAUGUCGAGCGCAAUGCUGCUGACGCAUUCAUUUGAUCUUAUCUUCUGUGGUUUGACGGAGGCGACCUUUGAAGACAUAAAGGAUCUGACGCAGUCUGUAUAUGGCGAUGGCAGCGACAAGCAUCAGCAUCGCGCAACUGCGGAGAUUAUGGCAGCACUGCUUUCCUGCGCACCAGACCUCAAGCCUGAGCAUCGUGAAGAAGUCUGGGAAUAUGUCUUCCCGAUCGUCCGUGGGAUUUUCCAAGACGGCCUGACACCUGAGAAUUCCGGCUACUGGACUACAUUCCUCCACGUCGUGCUUCAGUCCAAGGAUCCACGCCGAGGAUGGCCCUUGGUCGACUGGCUCGCCAGCUUCCGUCUCGACAUGGAGUCUAAUGCGGCUUUCAAGGAGAGCUCCAAAGUCAAUCUACUUACUCAAGCCAUUACGGAUGCUGGCUGGCAUUUCCGUCUAGAGAAGCCAAUCCUUGAAGAUCUGAUGAAGCAUCUCGAUCAUCCGUACAAGGGUGUGCGUGAGGCCAUGGGGUUGACUAUUGCAACCAUAUACCGUACACGCUAUCACGAAUCAUACAAGGAUGUCGAUACCUUGAUCAAAGCGCAAAAAGAAGCUUCUUCAAUCGGUGUACGUCCCUACCAGCCUACCGAAGAAUUCAGCCGCACCAUCACCGAAACGUUUGAGCGCCUGGAGGCCUGGCGCCAGCAACGUCCUGCGGGUCAACAAACCCCAUCAUCUUACACGUCUGGUGGCAAGACUGUCCUCCUCUGGCUCGACUCGACACUCUCUUCAUACGAAUGCAUAUCACUCACUAAGUUUUUCCCUGAUGUUUUCAUGGAACAACUGCUCCACAUGAUGGACAUCAAAGAAGACCCCGAGCUCCAAUCCCUCGCCUACCACGUCUUCCGGCAUCUACCUAAUAUUCCUCACCGUCAAGGUGAAGACGCAUCCUUCAUCGCAGCCCUGAUACGCAUUGGUCGCACAGCAACAUCCUGGCACCAGCGCCUGCGCAUCCUCAUCAAUAUCCAAGUCCUGUACUUUCGCCGCCUCUUCGUCAUGAGCGAAGAACAGCAGCAAAACAUGUUCGAUUGCGUCUCGGCCAUGCUCUCAGACGUCCAACUCGAAGUCCGGAUGGGUGCGGGAACCACUUUGUCGGGCAUGAUUCGCUGCUCGCCCCUCGCGUUCCGCGACCGCCAGGUCUCGACGCUCAAAGAACGCUUCACCAAGCAACUGGUCAGGAACCCUCUUCCCAAGUCUCGGAUACCGGGUACGCCGACACCGGAGCAGAGCAAGUUGGUGCUCACGCGCCAUGCGGCCGUGUUGGGGCUUGGAUCCCUGAUUCAGGCGUUUCCUUACCAGAGUCCGCCGCCGGCGUGGCUGCCUGAUGUGCUUGCGACGCUUGCGAGGAAGGCAGCUGGGGACCCGGGUAUGGUAGGCAAGAGUGUCAAGAGUGUACUUGCGGAUUUCAAGAAGACGAGGCAGGAUACGUGGCAUGUUGAUGUCAAGGCGUUUGAACAAGAGCAGUUGGAGGAUCUAGAGGGUGUGCUUUGGAAGAGCUAUUUUGCUUGA